CAUAACAGCAAUUCAUCUCACCACUUUAGAAAUGGCUGUCCUUCAGGCUGGUGCUCUUUUUCUCACCAUCCUUGUAACUAUCCAAGCAAAUGAAGCAACUCCAGAACUCCGCUACGACCCAACAUGGGAGUCCCUAGAUUCCCGUCCCCUUCCAUCAUGGUACGAUGAAGCUAAAAUUGGAAUCUUCAUCCAUUGGGGAGUGUUCUCAGUACCAAGUUUUGGUUCUGAGUGGUUCUGGGAACGCUGGCAGGGGAAGAACAUAACUGCCUACAUUGACUUAGUGAAGAACAACUACAGACCAGACUGGACCUAUGCAGAUUUUGCUAAAGAUUUUACAGCUGAAUUCUAUGAUGCCAACACAUGGGCGGAACUAUUUGCAGACUCUGGAGCUAAGUAUAUUGUAUUUGUAAGCAAGCAUCAUGAAGGUUUCUGCAACUGGCCAACCAAUGUCUCCUUCAACUGGAACUCCCAGAUGGUAGGACCAAAAAGAGACAUUGUGGGUGAGCUGGCCCAGGCCAUCCGCAGCAAGACAGACCUCCACUUUGGCCUGUACCACUCCCUUUUUGAGUGGUUCCACCCUCUGUAUCUACAGGACAAGGCCAACAACUACACCACCGGCAGAUUUGUUGAGGAAAAGACUAUUCCUGAGUUGCAUGAACUUGUGAACACCUACAAGCCUGACGUUGUUUGGUCUGAUGGAGAUUGGGAGGCCCCAGACACUUACUGGACUUCACAGGAGUUCCUUGCCUGGCUGUACAAUGACAGCCCAGUUAAGGACACAGUUGUCACCAACGACAGAUGGGGAAUUGGAGACGCAUGUCAUCAUGGCGGGUUCUUGACAUGUGCAGACAGGUACAACCCAGGAGUACUUCAGCCAAGGAAGUGGGAGAAUGCGAUGACACUUGACAAAAGAUCAUGGGGAUUUCGUCGAGAGGCUUCCCUGGAAGAUUAUCUGACCAUGGACGAAGUUAUAGCAGUGCUGGCUGAAACGGUCAGCUGUGGAGGAAACAUGCUGAUCAAUGUGGGGCCAACCAAAUAUGGCAUGAUUACACCCAUCUUUGAGGAGAGACUGCGUCAUUUGGGAGAAUGGCUGAAGGUGAAUGGAGAGGCCAUCUACUCCACCAGACCUUGGGUGGCCCAGAAUGACACGGCCACACCAGGAGUUUGGUACACACAGAGAGAAGGGACGGUGUACGCCAUUGUGCUCAACUGGCCACAACCAGGUCAACUCAUCCUUGGAUCAGUUUUGCCAAAAACUGGAAUGAAAAUCAGCCUCCUUGGCUACACUGAAGGCUCCUUCUCCUGGCAGAAUGCUUCACCCAAAGGAAUCAACAUCACAAUCCCUCCCAUCCCUGUCAACAAGAUGCCAUGUCAGUGGGGAUGGGUCUUUGCCAUGACAUAAAUGGUUGACGAUUAUAUAAAUGCUCAAUAAUUGGAUGACCUUCGCAAUGACAUAAAUCAGUGUUUAAAACUCCCAAAAUUCCAAGCCACAUAGCUGGACUGGUAACUUAAAAAUUACCAGUCCGGAUACAAACUUGCCUGUCCAGGUUUUCAACAAUAAAGAACUGUGGCUGCCAUUUCCAACUCGCGCAAGCUCCAUUCACUGUUUGUAGGCAUCGCAAUGAACUACAUAGCACUAACAGGCAAUGCACCGAGUUUAGGUAAACUGAAAGUACAUGUGUUAUGAUUGUUUUUUGUAACAUAAAAGGUUAAAAUCGUACAUAGUUUAACAUAAUUUUCAUAACACCUUAAACACCUCAAACUGACAACACGAGAACCUGUCUGAUAUUAUGAAAUAUUUACUCUUAGGGGUAAAAAUAUCUACCAGACCACUGGACAGGCUACUUUUGAAAUUUGACCGUCCAAGAUGAAAAUAGACCGUUCUGGACGGUCGGGUAGGCGGGAAUUUUAAACGCUGCAUAAUUGACAGUUAAUAGGAGUAUCCUUGAAAAUGCAAUACAUGCUAGACAAUUGUACAAGUCAAUUGGCCUUCAUAGUGACAUAACUGAUUGCAAAAGGGAUGGGCAAAUACAGAUUUGGUUGACAAUGGAAUUGACCAUAACAAGAAUAGAAUGAAAAGAAUAUCUGACAAUUAAUGGGAUGGACAUUUUGUAGUGAAAUGGCUGACAGUGCUUUGGGUCCAAAUAGAUAUUUAUGCUGUUACUUACAUUUUGUGUGUUACAAAUAAAAAACAAUUCUGAUGAUGAAAUAAAUGGCAUCUUAACUGCAUAUACAUAAAUGACAUGAUCACCA